GUUAAGACAGAGAGAGAGAGUUCCCAUCUGUGUUGUUUGUUGUUAAACCUCAACCUCGCAUUCAUUCCAACUCUGUCUCCUCUCUGAAUCCGCCGCCGCCACGCCUGACACCAAUCACCAUGGCAUGGGUGAGCCGCGUGAGAGGAGGAGUUUCGCCGCUUUCAAGGCUCGUUGCGGCGGCGCGGCGAUCGUUCGGAUCAUCGGCGGCAGUGGCGUUUGACUACGACUCCGAUGAGGAGUACGUGUACGGUGGCGAUCCGAGACUUGAUUUGGAGAGGUCUGGGAGGGAGAGGGGAGUGCAGUGGGUGGUGAUGGGCGCUCCUGGAGCCUGGAGGCACGUCUUCGCAGAGAGGCUCUCAAGCCUUCUUGAAGUUUCUCACAUUUCCAUGGGAUCGCUCGUCCGUCAACAGCUCAGCCCUACAUCUUCUCUCUACAAGCAGAUUGCGAGUGCUGUAAAUGAAGGAAAGCAUGUUCCCAAGGGUCUCGUGUUUGCUUUGCUAUCAAAGCGCCUUGAAGAAGGCUAUGCACGUGGAGAAUCUGGUUUCAUUCUUGAUGGCAUUCCCCGCACUCUUAUUCAAGCCGAAACUCUUGAUCAAAUCGCUCAGAUUGACCUCGUUCUGAAUCUUAAAUGCUCUGAGGAGCACCGAGCUGCUCUUAGUGAAACACCUCUACCUCGCCAGGAGUUCCUCGGCUCUUCUAUCUUACACUCACCUGUUGCAAUCAAAUCCCGGAGGACGGAGAGCCUGAGUGUCUACGCAGAGGAGGUGAAGCCCCUGGAAGAUUACUACAGGAAGCAGAGGAAACUUCUGGACUUUCAUGUCGGUGGUGCUGCCACAUCAGCAGAAACAUGGCAGGGCUUAUUGUCAGCCUUGCAUCUGAAGCAAGCGAAUUCACAGAAGCUGACUCUGUGAUGAUGAUGAACGAACACAGCAUAGUCUUCUAAGCUUUGCUUUAUAAAUUUUGAUCCUUUUCUUUUCGUUUUGUUUUGAUGCGGGUCUGUUUCAGCCUUCAGGCAGGCACCACCUAAUUUUUCUUUUGCUUUCACAAUAUGCAACUCAAAAAGUUAAGUUUUGCGAGAGAGAUCCUAAAGUGAUGAGGAUGAAACACUUAAAAGCUUGUAAUGAGUCUAUAAAUAUAUAUAGAGUAAUAAUUUCCCUA